GUUCACUCUAUUGACAUAUUUACAUCUCAACUGACAACCAGGCAACUUAGCUGCUUGAACGUUAGUGUAGUAACAAUGUUAUGGUUUGAGGUAGUGGAUUAUAAUUUGGAGUAGUGUUAGCGAUAACGCAUAGGUGUUUUGUGUCGGUCUGUGUUAAGUGUGAAAUAUUUGAAACAUUCAUAUAAUGUUCGUCAUUUAUUCAAUUUCGACUGUCUUCAUUCAGUGUUACUAGAGUUUUAAAAAUUCACAAAAUAGUUUUUUGUCAUUGAAAUAGGUUACUUGUAUCCACCCAUCAUGGAAAAUACAGUUUACAGAUAAUUGAGCCCAAAGGUUGGUGGCCUUUCGUGCAGGCCUAGAUGACUUCUGUCUGUUGACAAAAUGGCCUCCAAGACUCUUAGAUUGACACAGCGUCGUGGACACUUCCUUAAAGUGGUCAGCUUGGUUACACUUACACUACAGAAUGCUGUAUUGGGCCUCAGCAUGCGCUAUGCUACUACAAGACCUGGAGACCGAUUUCUGUCAUCGACAGCUGUGUUCUGUGCGGAAUUGGUGAAACUAUCGGCCAGUCUGUUUCUGGUGUACAAGGAGGAGGGUAGUGCCAAGCGAUGGAUCACAGUUCUUCACAACAAUAUCAUCAGACAACCCAUGGACACACUGAAAGUGUGUGUACCUUCACUUCUGUACAUCAUUCAGAACAAUCUGCUCUACUUGUCCGCUUCACACCUGGAUGCUGCUACUUACCAGGUGACAUACCAGCUCAAGAUCCUGACAACAGCCAUGUUUGCAGUGACAAUGCUGAAACGAACGUUGAUAGCACCACAGUGGGCUGCCCUGUUACUGUUGGCUCUUGGUGUCGCUUUGGUGCAACUCACAGGAGCAACUGAUUCAGCCACCACAUCAACAGAACAAAACCGAUUCAUAGGUUUCUCUGCAGCUAUCGGUGCCUGCCUUCUCUCCGGUUUUGCAGGAAUCUACUUUGAGAUGAUACUCAAAGGCUCAGAUAUUUCAGUUUGGAUGAGAAAUGUUCAGCUGAGCUUUAUGUCACUACCUUUUGGUUUAAUUACAUGUUUGAAAGACUGGAGAGCCAUUCAAAUGAAAGGCUUCUUCCAGGGAUAUGAUUGGUUCAUAUUCUACCUAGUUGUUCUGCAAGCUGGAGGUGGACUGAUGGUUGCUAUGGUGGUCAAGUACGCUGACAACAUAUUGAAAGGUUUUGCAACCUCACUUGCAAUCAUAAUAUCAUGUAUGGUAUCGGUUUAUUUAUUUGACUUUUUAAUAACCCUUCAGUUUGUUGCUGGUGCCUCAAUGGUCAUCGCUUCUGUUUUCCUCUACAGCUACAAUCCUGCACCAAAUGUGACCAAGACUAAGACGACUGAUGCUGCUGGAAAUAAGUUACUGAACGUAUAGUGUUGCUUACUGUUCUUAUGUUGACUUGGUGUUCAUUUUUUUAAUGUCAAUGAUUUCAAGAGUUUUCCUUGUAUUAAGGAAGCACAUGUGAGGUGAUAUGUGAGAGUGGACUACAUUAAGUUAUUGCCUCAAUAUACUAUAAUAAUUUGUAUUUCAUUUCAUGCCAGCUGUAAAAUUGCUUAAUUGCUCAAGACUUGAAUACCAUUAUGUAUUAACUGCUUAUGUACAUAACUAGAUAUACUACAAAACUAAGACAAGUUAACAUGACAGAAAAUCACUAAUUGUGUAAAUGGAGACAGCUAAAUUGUAUAAUGUACACUUAAAAUUUACGUGUGAAAGACUGAUCGUAAUAGUAACAUAUUACAAUGGUAAACUUAUUCACAUACGAUAAAAUCAGGAAAAACUUUAAAAAUUAAUUACAGUUUUAUGUAUCGAUUAUUUAUAGUAAUACAUUUUAUUUAUUCAGUAUUCAAAAUUAAGCUUAUGUGAUAUAAUUAAUUAAUUUUAUAACCCUAGUACUUAAUAAAUAAAUUUAUUUAUAUCUAAUUACAUAAAUAGUAUGUUAUUAAGAAUUUUUAUCAAAGUUUAGAUAAUGUCUUUGCUAUUUAAUUUUAACUUCAAAUUGUAUUGUGCAACAGUAAUUUUUACUUCCUUUUCAGUGUUAUGGGUUGUCAGUAAUGGAAUUUUAGAUCUUAAAAUUGUUAGUACUUCUUGUUAAUAUUUCUCUUUGUCAUCAUUUGUGGAUUGAUGUAUUCUCAAAAGACUGAGAAUAUGUUCGUUAAAUUUAUAAUAGGUUGCAGCAUUAAACUUUAUAUAAUUUAUUUUAUUCUAAUGUUCAAAAGUGCAAUUGAUUUGUUUAUUUAACAAAAUAUCAACUUCAAGACCGAAAUGUUUAGGACUUAAAAUUUCCAAUUUGAAUUGACAUUUUCCACUUGAUAAUCAGUGUAUUGAUUUUUUGAGAUUAAAAUGAUUGUAAUUGAAGAAUUUUAAAAUCAGAAAGAUUUUUUUAUUGUCAUUUAUGAAUCUUUUGUAAAAUGAUUAAUGUAUUGCUUUUGAGAGGAUAAAAGCAUUUCGGACAUUUGCCAUUUUUUUACAAUUAUUAUAAUAUAUUCAACACUCCUCUUCUUCAAGUAUCAACAAAUUUUAAGCCAAAGUUAAGUAUUUACACCAACAUUUUUAAUUAAUCAAAGUUUGGUAAUGAAUUUACCAUUGUUUAAUUUGACAACAUUAAAAGUUGCACACAAAAAAACCAAGCAUAUACCUCAAAUUCUACAUUCUGACUUACCAUAUAAUGCAGGUAAAUGUAAAGAAAUAAUAACAAAAUUUAAACAAAGAAUUCUUACUUUUGUCAUUAUUGAUUCUGUUAGCUGUACACAAGCUAAUUCAGACAGUAAUUAUGUUCUGUUUUAUUGUAAGCACAUAGAAGUUAUUCCUAUAAAGCUGUAUAGUAUCACUUAAUGAUUGUUCGAUUCAUUGUUAAAAAUGUUGAAAUACUUGACUAUAUUAAUAUUACCUUGGAGAGAAAUACAUUGUGUACAUAGUUUUAAGUUUUUUAGUCAUGGUGACAUAAAUGUUUUUCACGAUUUUAAGUUGUAUUUCUGUAGGAUCUAAUAGGAAAUUGAAAUUGAAAUAGUGUUGGUGAGUUUAAAUAAAGGCAGUUGCGGGACUGACCGACUUCUUGUAACGGGCUGU